UCUUUUCCUCAAAUUCAUUUUUAUACUGAGAGAGGUUUUGCAGUUCGAAGAAGAAAGAACAAGUCGAAAGAGGCGAAAAUGGCGGAUGAAAUAGCCCUAGAUUUGGAGGAGCUUCGUCAGCUUCAAAGCGUCGCGAAACGACCUCGUAUCGUUUCUCUUAUCAACUCUGAAAUCUCCAAUUUGGAGAAGCUUUCGAAAGAUGCUAUAACCAAAGAAACCCCUAAAAUACCGGCUCCAAUAGCAGCAACCAAACAUGUGGUUACUGAUCCGGCGCUUAAGUAUGUCACACUUGCAUCAUUCAGCUGGGAUCAAGAUGAUGACAAAGUCAAGAUUUAUGUGUUUCUGGAGGGAGUUGAUCAGCAGAAAAUUGAAUCAGACUUCAAGCCUCAGUCGAUUGAUAUUAAAUUUCAUGAUGUCCAAGGUAAGAACUACCGCUAUGCCUUACCCAAGCUGAACAAGAAGAUUGAACCUGAGAAAUGUAAGCUGCUAGUUAAGCCCACAAGGGUAGUCAUCACUCUAUACAAAGCAUCCAGGGGUACGUGGACGGAUUUGCAUUACAAAGAGGAGAAGAUAAAGCCCGGCUUGGACAAGGAAAAAGAUCCAAUGGCAGGAAUUAUGGAUUUAAUGAAGAACAUGUACGAGGAAGGAGAUGAGGAAAUGAAGCGUACAAUUGGAAAAGCAUGGACAGAUGCUAGAUCAGGCAAAACAAUGGACCCUAUGAAGAACUUUAGUUGAACUGGGUUAACAGAUGUCAGUUAUUAGCUCUGUUGGAAUUGUUGGUUGAUGUCUGUUCUUAAGAUCGUGGUUGCUUUUGCAUGGGAAACUUGUGAGAAGCUAUGAACAAUUUUAUGAAUAUAUUUUGUCUAAUAUAUUGUGUGGAAGUACUUCCAUAGCA